AUGGCAACCUCACCGAAUGAUGGAAAUGCCAAAGUAAGGGUCAUUUUCGGAGCCAUGACCAUUGGAAAACCAGGCGUUGAGAUGACCCGCAUUCACUCACUCGACGAGACCAAGGCCGUCCUCGACAUGUUCCAGGAGUAUGGUCACGACAUAGUUGAUACUGCCCGAGUCUAUGGUGGAGGCUCAUCGGAGGAGUACCUCGGAGCUUUGGACUGUCCAAGCCGUGGGAUCAAACUCGAUACCAAGCUAUAUCCAACCGCCCUCCGGUCAGCUCUGUCACCAGAUGAGCUUUAUCACCACUCCCUUGAGGAUAUGCGUCGGGGGCUACUUCAAAGUUUGAAGGCACUGAGGGUCGAUAAGGUCGCAACCUGGUAUCUACAUGGACCGGAUCGGACGGUACCCUUUGCGGACACUCUUCGUGCAGUCAACGAGCUCUACAAAGAGGGACUCUUUGAGAGGUACGGUAUCAGCAAUUAUCAGGCAUGGGAAGUUGCGCAGAUAUGCGAGAUAUGUGAGAAGAAUGGAUGGGUCAAACCUUCUGUCUAUCAGGGUCUCUACAAUGCUUUCCACCGUGCAGUCGAAGCCGAGCUGUUCCCAUGUCUGCGUCACUACGGCUUGUCCUUCUACUGCUUUAAUCCCCUGGCUGGUGGAUUCUUGACAAGCCGUUAUACCCGCGGCAUGACCGAAUUCGAAGAGGGCUCUCGAUUCGACCCGAAUCGCUACCAGGGUAAACUCUCUCGCAGCCGCUACUUCGACGACUGCUUCUUUGACGCACUGGACAUCCUACGGCCAGUUAUAAAGAAGCAUGGACUCAGCGAGGCUGAGUGUGCACUUCGUUGGUUGUCUCACCACUCCCAGCUAAGGGCAGAGAAGGGUGACGGCAUCAUAAUUGGCGCCAGCAGCCUGAAGCACUUGGAAGAGAACUUGGUGGCACUUUCUAAAGGGCCUCUGCCCGAAGAUGUGGUUAAUGCCAUGAAUCAGGGAUGGGAAGUCGUUCGGGGCAAAGAGUUGAAGUUCUGGCACUGA